AUGGACGAACAACAGUUCAAGAAAGCCAAUGCAGUACAAGGAACCCUUAAAAAACCAAAAAAAAAGAAAGUAAAAAAUGAAAAAUCUGCAAAGAAGCCAAGUGACAUUGUGAGCUGUAUAGCUUUUUUGCCCAGGGACAAGAAUAAGUCCGCGGGGCGCCAAUUUGAGCAACUCAGCGAACAGGACCCAUCUAGCGAAAGCGAUCACUGCGAAAAUGGAAAUCGGAAGAAGCAGAGAGACGAAUCAGAUUCAGAUUCAUACGAUGCACUCCAAAACGUCUUUAACGAUCAAAGAGAAAACGAAAAAAUAAUAAACGAAGAUACCAUCAUAGAGAUGAACAAAAAAUACAUUUUCGAAGAUGAGCUAAGUAUAGAAGAUGGAGAUGCAUUAACCCUAAAUGGAAAAAUAUACAGUGACAUUGGGACGUUGGAAAUUCACCUUGUUAACUACGACGAAGAUAUUUUCAAUAUCUAUGACGAUGUGAUUAUUGAUGAUUAUCCUUUAUGCUUGGAGGUGAUAGGAGAGUCUUACUACCAAGGUAAGAACAUCGUUGCCGUUGGUACCAUGAAGAAGGAGAUUGGGCUGUGGGACAUUAACAGCAUCGACACGCUGGAGGCCCUCAGUUAUUUGGGCGGCGGGGAAGAGGACACGCUCCAGGAAAGCCGCAAAAAGCGGCGCAAGGGGCGGGGAGGAGCUGAAGGAGAUUCACAAGUAGGAGCAGUAGCAGGAGAUUCACACGUGGGAGGAGCAGAAGGAGAUUCACUGCCGGGAACAGCGCUUGCGGAAGAAGCCGCCGAGGGAGCGGGCCAAAAAAGGAAGCAGAGAAAAAGCAACCUACAGGGCCACACCGAGUGCGUCACGUGCCUCAACUCAUCUAAGCUAAUUCCAAAUUUGAUGUGCAGCGGGUCGAAGGACUGUUCCAUUAAAUUGUGGGACCUGUCCAACCUGACCAACCUACAUUCUUUCAACUUUCACAAAAAAAAGGUUAAUAACCUUUCCUUCCACGAGAAUGAAAGUAGCACUCUCCUCUCCACCUCAUCUGACAAAACCCUAAAAAUAUAUGACAUAAGAAAAGACACAGCUGGGUUAAACAUACAUUUGGACAGUACCCCAGAAUCCACUACUUGGAGCAAAUUUAAUGACAAGGAAAUUUUUUUAUCCGAUGUGGAUGGUUAUGUGAACAAGAUAGAUAUACGUUACGUUACCGAUCCUUCUUCCAAUUUUUCGCACAACAACAUAGUUAGGUUUAAGGCUUUUUCAAAUUCGUGCAUUUCUUUGGUCAGCACGCAUUACCCAAAUUUGAUCCUCGCAGGGUCCGAAGAUGGUCUAGUGCAUGCCUACGACUUUGGCUCCUUCGGAGUGGCGGGGCCCCCGUGCGUGUACACGAAGAACCUUAAAAGGAACCUCUACUGCAUGAAGGACAACGAAGACUGGCCCAAUGUAAUAUUUUUCGGGUGCGACAAGCUCUACGAUUGGGAUAUGAAGUCGUGCAAGGAGUUACGUCAAUAUUUCAAGCUGUGA